AUGGACACUCGGAAGCGAGCUCGGAGUACACGACGUGUGCCUCGUGUCAAGGCCCGGGCACAUGUUAACCGAGCCCGAGUCCCUCUGUCAGGCGUGUGCUUCUCGGACCGAGUCCUGGGAGAGGCUGAAGACUUUUUGUUUAAGUUCUUGGUUAUUGGAAACGCAGGAACUGGCAAGUCGUGCUUGCUUCAUCAGUUCAUUGAAAAGAAAUUCAAAGAUGACUCAAAUCAUACGAUAGGCGUGGAAUUUGGUUCAAAGAUCAUAAAUGUUGGCGGUAAAUAUGUGAAGUUACAGAUAUGGGAUACAGCAGGACAAGAACGAUUCAGAAAAUUCACCUCUGGACAGCUAAAAUUGCGCUCGGCUCCACACAGCGCUGAUCUGCUGUGGAAUCCACUAGAAGUGUGCAANGGCCUUGAGAGGAGGUGGCAGCUCCCAGCCCAGCCCUCGCUGCACCUGCCCAGCCGAGAAACCUACAAUGCGCUUACUAAUUGGUUAACAGAUGCCAGAAUGCUAGCAAGUCAGAGCAUCGUGAUCAUCCUCUGUGGGAACAAGAAGGACCUCGACGCCGACCGCGAAGUCACCUUCCUAGAAGCCUCCAGGUUUGCUCAGGAAAACGAGCUGAUGUUUCUGGAAACAAGUGCACUCACAGGGGAGAAUGUGGAAGAGGCUUUUGUGCAGUGUGCAAGAAAAAUACUCAACAAAAUUGAGUCAGGUGAGCUGGACCCAGAAAGAAUGGGCUCGGGAAUCCAGUACGGGGACGCCGCCUUGAGACAGCUGCGGUCGCCGCGGCGCGCCCAGGCCACCAGUGUGCAGGAAUGUGGCUGUUAGGGGCUGCACAGGCUCCCAGGUGUUCAUACGGUAUGUGGGACAGAGCCCUGGGAGCCUGAAGAUUCUGAGGUUUUUUUACCACCAACUUUUUCUACUCUAUACAGAAGUAGAUCUCUGGGGAAGAAAUAACUUGGGGUGUUCUGCAGCUGGAAGUCGCGGCACACAGAGCCCUGUAAUAAAUCUCAUUCCGUGGACACCACCUUUAGAUGUAUACAUGUAUGUAAAAGUCUCCUGUUCCAUGGCUUUCCUCUCACAUUCGGCUUAAAACACGGCUGUGUACUGUGUGUGUCCUAGCCCGGCUCGUCUCCACAGCAUGGGUUGUGACGUCCGAUGCGACAGAAAGCUGCACUAAAUGCAGUUCACUGUUUUUUUUAAUCAUAUGAACUAAAAUGUGUUAAUUGUGAGUAUGCUUUUCCCAUCACGUCGGGUAUAUCGCAUGGUUGGUUAUAUUUAUGAGCUGAUAGUCAAAGGCUCUGGUAUUGCUCGCCAGCGCAUUUCUUGUUUAAUUGUUUACCACAUUUACAUGGUGUUUACAUGAUCCACACUUGAAAUACGAGGUCAGGAGUCAUUCACUAACACACCAAAAUAAAAUGAAAAAUGGAGUUUUUCCAUGA